AUGAAGAGCAACGUUUUUAAGUUCAGGGAGGUUUCGAACCUCAAGGUGAAACUACAAACAUCAAAGAGGAAAUGGAUGGCCUUGGUGAGGGUGAGUAGUCCUGAUCGAAUACUAAAGAGAAUUCCAUUUCUUUUCUUGCUUACAGACGCCGAUUUGAAAGAAGAUCAAAUUGACUUGCCGUUGAGUCAGAACACAAUGAGUGCCUUGACUCGCGACCUGGGCUUUGAGAAUCUCGACAACAUCAUUGUGGUGUCCCAGGGCUCAUCGCAGAAAAGUGUCGGUGACGUCUUUGCCACAAUCGCUGUCAGCGCCUUCGAACAGCGGAAAGUUGUCAAAUCAAGUCCUUGGAUUUACUCAAGCGUACUGGAACGCUUAUUCGUCAAGAACAACGAGCGGGUACCGCUGCUGGUUACCUGCCAGGGAAACUUCCAUAUAGCAAUGUCGAUAUCCGCCUACGUUAAGUUUUACGAUGUACAGUAUCUGGGUUCCGCGGUCGAAGUUUGUCCCAACCAUGUCAAGCACAACGAAAAAUUCAAACUGGAACAUCCCAGGCACAUGCUGCAGUAUCAAGGAGACCGUGUGGUCAAGUACACCGAGCCCCCGGAAACAGCGGAUUAUUGUAUAAAAAUACCCGUCCUGCCAGACGCGUUCACUCAGGGGCAGGCUGAGACGUUCUUGUUCAGCUGUUUGUCGUCGUGUGUGACCGUCGCUAGGAGGAAUGUUUCAUUCUGUGCUGAACUACAUUACAAGGACCAUCUCCUUUCAAAGGUAGAGAUUCCGCUCAAAAUAAGUGCUUCUCCGAUGCGAGAUAUGAUGCACCUCGAACAGAAGAGUAACGGACGUGGAGACAGAGUGACCGCGCCUGUCGCAAAACGGACGAGAAAGGAGGAAACGAGCAGCACAGUCCAAGCUGAGAUUCUGGUCCGCGUCAAAGGGAGGAAGCAUAUAGAAGAUCUCAGAGAAUGGCUGGCCAAUAAUGUGUCUCAUGAUCAUUACGUUGUAUACACAGCACAAGACUGAUGUGACUAUCGAUUCCUCGAGGCCCAUGAGAAUAGAUGAUAGAAUUUGUGGGUGAGGCGGGCCGGAGAAGUUUUGUGACGACCAGAAGCUAAUCUGGAGCCUUGUACAGAGGAGUGAUCCCUCCAAUUGGGAGGGCGAGUCCACAAAGGGCCGGCAAGACC